UUAUCAGUUUUUAAAUCGCGGAAGUGCAACUACUGUGUUGUGUUUUGUGCAGUACGUAGCACAGUUAGUGUAUUAGUAGUUUUAAAGUGUUUUCAUGGUGAGACACCGUUUUUUAACAAAUAUUAGAAAAGCGCUAACUCUGGCAACACACUGAAAAAUGGAGGACGACGCUCCUGUCAUUUAUGGUCUCGAAUUUCAGGCACGAGCACUUACUGCCCAGACAGCUGAAACUGAUGCCAUCCGUUUCCUUGUAGGCACACAGUCACUGAAAUUUGACAACCAGAUCCACAUCAUUGACUUUGAUGAUGAGAAUAACAUCAUUAAUAAGAAUGUCCUUCUGCACCAAGCUGGGGAGAUAUGGCACAUUGGCGCCAGUCCUGCAGAUAAGGCUGUGCUUACCACCUGCUAUAACAAAACCAGCGACAGCAGGGUGGUGUCCUGUGCGGCAGUAUGGCGGAUGCCCUCAGAUUGGGAGACAGGAAGUCAUGAGUCACCUGAUGACUCCGCCCACAACCCCCAAACCCUGGAGUUGCUCUGUCACCUAGACGACAGCGCCCACAGCAAUGCUGCCUGCGUGCUGUGGGAGCCUAUGGGGGAUGGCAAGCGUGUGAUUUCAUUGGCUGAUAACCACGCACUACUCUGGGACCUGCAGGAGAGCUCCACACAGGCCACAGUCUCCAGCACUGCCACCCUGGAGGGCAAAGGUCAGCUGAAGUUCACCUCGGGCAAGUGGAGCCCCCACCACAAUUGCAGCCAGCUCGCCACAGCGAAUGACACGGCCAUACGAGGCUGGGACCUUCGUACCAUGAGUCAGAUCUACUGUAUAGAGAAUGCCCAUGGCCAGCUGGUGCGUGACCUGGACUUCAACCCCAAUCGCCAGUACUACCUGGCCAGCUGCGGAGACGACUGCAAGGUCAAGUUCUGGGACGUCCGCAACGUCCAGGAGCCAGUCAAGUCCCUGGAGGAGCACUCGCACUGGGUGUGGAGUGUCCGCUACAACCACAGCCACGACCAGCUGGUGUUAACAGCCAGCAGCGACAGCCGACUCAUACUCUCCAAUAUGGUGUCCAUCUCCUCAGAGCCAUUCGGUCACUUGGUGGAUGAUGAGGAGCUCAGCGAGGGGGAGGACAACCACCAGGAGGACAAGAGUAAGGAGCCCCUAAAGGACAGCGUGGUGUCCACCUAUGAGGAACACGAAGACAGUGUGUAUGCGGCGGAGUGGUCGUCAGCCGACCCCUGGCUCUUCGCCUCACUCAGCUACGACGGACGCCUCGUCAUCAACAGGGUCCCCCGCGCCCUCAAAUACCGCAUCCUGCUCUGAGAGGGUGGGGAGGGACAGGUGAUCUGAAUGUGUGUGAGUGUCUGUGUGUGAGUUUGUGUACAGUAUAAGUGCGAAAAGGAAAGAUAGUAACACAUCUGUACACAUCCUUUGCUACAAAAAGCUGCUCAUAGACAUUCCCAUUAUAAGUUGGUGUGCUGUGCAGGACACUGCAAACAGCAUGUGAAGGCAGCAAUGGUAAAGACUGUGUGUGAUGUAAAUAUACUGUAGUUCAUAUGUUCCACUGUAAACAAUAUAAAAUGUACUGGCUAUCAAAAUUAAACUAAAAACAUGACUCCUGCAUAAA